AUGGCGAUACAAAGGCAACUUCAUGACCAGCCCUUAGCCUCAGCUGAUACUCCGCUUGCAUCGUCUAUCCUCAUUUUCUUUACCAUCGAGACCUCAGCAAAACACAUCCUUGGCAAUAUGGCCCACCAGGAUCCUAUUUCAAUUUCUGAGAGUGCCCUUCCACUCAACGUCCCUCUCGCCGAAUUGCGAACACAGAACCAGAACAAGCGCCUUGUCGCCGGAGUCGCCAUCGUAGCUAAGAGCAGUCCCGAUUCCACCGCCAUGAAGCUCCUUCUCAUCCGGCGAGCUUCCACAGAAGAUGUCUACCCUUUGAUGUACGAAAUACCCGGCGGAGGCGCGGAAGACGAGGAUGACUCUAUCAUAGCCACUGCAGUGCGAGAGGUCAAGGAGGAGACUGGCCUUACAAUCGUUCGCAUCCUCCAAUCAUUUGAAGGCUUCGAGUACGCCACAAGGAAAGGACGAGCUAUUCAAUUCAACUUUAUGGCUGAGGUGGAAGGCGGGCUAGAUGCGGAAGUCAAGCUCAACCCGUCAGAACACGAGGACUAUGCUUGGGUCGGUCCAGACGACGAUCUUUCCAAGUACCCUAUGACGGAGAGCAUGUUGACGGUCGUGAAUAACGCUCUGGCGAUUAUUCGAAACAGGGAACAUGACCCCUCUACUGCUGCUUAA